AUGGGUCUUUUCCACCACCAUGAGGACGCCCAUGAGCAGGUUGUAAAUGCCGAGGAAGGCAAUCAAGCGCAUCUUUCUCAUGAACUCAUUGCUGCAGCUGCAUCAUAUGAGGCUUCGAAGGCAUGGGAAGAACACAAGGCCUCUACUGGUGAGGAGCUGAGCCAUGCAAAGGCGAAGGAGUUCCUUUCUGCUGCCGCUGGUGCAUUCGCUGUUCAUAUAGCGGAAACUAAGGGCGCAGACUUUCUAGACAAAAGGGAGACGGAAAGGCACGCAAGGGAGUACGUUGAAAAUAAUUAUAGGGAGUAG